AUGCACUUGCGACGAUCGACGUGGUCGGCGACACAAAAGCAACAGGUCCGAGACACUGCAGGCCAAGCACUUCGGCAGUUCAUCCUCGAUGCGCAGCUCGUCGACGGGCCCAUCGACUGGACUUUGGACGACACGGUCAAGGACAGCCACGUCCAGCUGUACACAGGCAAGACGUCGUGCAAUGCCGUGGUGUUCGCCUGCGCACGGCGCAUCCGAGGCACGCUGGCGCAGGCGGCGUCGAUUUGCCAAGUGUUUCCGACAACGCACCACUUUGACGCGUUGGAGUCCGUGGCGGUCGCGUCGCUCGAUGGCGAGUCGUCGCACCACCACGUUGGCGUGACGUGGAUGUCGAUGAAAGUGGCCUCGACCGCAACUGCACAACACCGCGACGCGUGUGUCUUGGAGGUGCGGGACAUGUUUGCGUUGUCGAAAACUGGUGCCAAGGGGUUCGCGUCGCUUCUGCAGUCGAUCGACCUGCCCGAGUGCCCGCCGAUGGACGCGUACCAAGGCCUCGUCCGCAUGCACAUCCAACACACCGGCUACACGUUCACGGAAAUCUCGCCAGGCGUGCUCAACGUUGUAUGCUGCAUUCACGUCGACUUCCGCGGGACAUUGCCGUCCAUGGUCGCGCGGAGGUUCAUGAAGAAGCGGGUGCUGACCAUGUCGGCCCAGCUCAACAUGUACUUUAAGCUCAUGCAAGCUGCAACGUCGUCCGCCGCGACCCUCCACAACGUUGUGUCGACCAAGCAAUGCGCAAGUUGCUUCCGCCCAUUCAAAACGUUCGAGUCGAAGCGAUCGUGUGCCACGUGCUACGACCGCGUGUGCAAGGCGUGCCUCACGACUGGAUUCGUCGCAGAGUACAACAAAGAGCUCCCCGUGUGCGUUCGAUGUGUGUUGAAGGAUGCCGCCGCAACCCACGACGGCAAAUCCUCGUCCGACGCGCCAAGGUCUUCCCAAGACAGUGUGUCGUCGACACGGUCGACAACGCAUCACCCGCCUCGGUCGAUCGUGUCCAGGGUGGCGCCGCAGACGUACAAAAUCUUGCAGCUCGACGAUGACGACGAUGACGAUGACGUCGACAUGAUGGAGCCCAGGGACACCCAGUCGUUCAUCAUCCUCGACGACGAGCCGGACAAGCCCGAACUCGACACGGUCCUCGACCACCGGCACAAACUCAUUCGACUCGACGGGUUCAUGAAGAAGCGGGUGCUGACCAUGUCGGCCCAGCUCAACAUGUACUUUAAGCUCAUGCAAGCUGCAACGUCGUCCGCCGCGACCCUCCACAACGUUGUGUCGACCAAGCAAUGCGCCAGUUGCUUCCGCCCAUUCAAAACGUUCGAGACGAAGCGAUCGUGUGCCACGUGCUACGACCGCGUGUGCAAGGCGUGCCUCACGACUGGAUUCGUCGCAGAGUACAACAAAGAGCUCCCCGUGUGCGUUCGAUGUGUGUUGAAGGAUGCCGCCGCAACCCACGACGGCAGAUCCUCGUCCGACGCGCCAAGGUCUUCCCAAGACAGUGUGUCGUCGACACGGUCGACAACGCAUCACCCGCCUCGGUCGAUCGUGUCCAGGGUGGCGCCGCAGACGUACAAAAUCUUGCAGCUCGACGAUGACGACGAUGACGAUGACGUCGACAUGAUGGAGCCCAGGGACACCCAGUCGUUCAUCAUCCUCGACGACGAGCCGGACAAGCCCGAACUCGACACGGUCCUCGACCACCGGCACAAACUCAUUCGACUCGACGGGUCGCAGCAUUGCAACGGCAACGACCAGAGUACGCCGACGAAGCCCAACCAGGGCGAUGACAGAGCCGUGACUUCGUCGGUCGCGUCGACACUGGUCGAGUCGCGGCUGUCCAUUCUAUCAGACGACGGAGAGGACGCCAUGUCGUCGGUUGUAUGGCAUGACGCAAUCUCCAAGUUCCACAGCAACCUUCGCCUGUUCAAGGAAACCAUGCACCACUCGCGGCGAGUCCCCACGCCAACCCAUCGUCACUCGAGUUGUUCGUACCCACACGCGCCCGCGCAUGGCGUUUGGUUAGCAAGCAGCAAUAGCGUCCCAUAA